GCCGGUUUCUUUCUAUAACCUCCUGUCUGGCGGUACCUUGGGACGCUGGGUACUGUUGGCGCCACUGGUAUAUAGUGGGUGCAUCAAAUGAUUUUCAGAACUGUGUUUUAAAAAUAAAAUGUUUGGAAACUGAAUUAGAAUUAAAAAUAUAAUUGUUACCGCUUCUGGUAUUUAAUUGAUGUCUUGGUUUUCGGGAAAUAUGAAUAAAGGGUUUUGUGAAAAUGUUUUAAAAGGGGAACCUUUCCAACUGAGAGAAUUGUAAGGGUUUUGAGAGACAUUAUUAUUUCCAAAUAAUUAUUAUUUCCAAAUAAUUAUUAUUUAUAUACCUAUUACCGUGGUAUGAUAGUGUAGAGUAGUUGGGUCGCUCACUGAGAUGAUUAGCAUCUCACACUCUUAAAUUCCGUUCCUCUAGGUACCAGGUUGUCGGUGUUCACUCGGAGCGGACUUGAUCUUCCUCGCUGUAUUUGUUCGUGCAGUACCUUGUUCUUCUUUUACUGCAGUUGUACUAUUUCUUUCACUUUUACCGUAUUCUGUAUUUUGUAGUACUUCAGUACUUCAUAAAGCUCUGUAUACUGUAUGGGACACUUAAGUAUUUGUAUUGCACUGGAUUACUGUAUUUUUAUUUUGGAGUGCUGAAAUUUGUGGAACCAGUUCGUAGUACUGUGGGAGGAAUAAGGGAACAAUUAUAGAAGUGUGUUUUCAGUGCAGGAACUUUUGUGGUAAGUCCAUCCCUUAGGGGAGGUUCUGCCGGAUCUUCCACAGAAGGGUCCGGUAGGGUUUCCCUGGGAUCAGGGCUUGUCUAGGGUUCCGGUGGGGAACUUUGGACGGGUCCUGACAGUUGGUAUCAGAGCAUAGGUUCUUGUAAUCCUAAGGGACUGUGCAUUGCUGUACAGCCCAUCCGUAAAUUCCUUCCUUUUGUAAUCGUGCUUAAGUGUCCCUGUUUCUAAACUCUUGUUUGUUUCUUCAGUAAUCGACUACGAUGAGUCGGCGGGACACACGUAGAACUCGGGAACGCUCGGCUGAGAGUUCCGGGAGUCGAUCAAGCCUUAGAGAUCUGAUCUCUCAGCUAACUAGAGCCUUAGGAGGUUCAAGCUCUAGUAACCGAUCCGUGGAUCAGGCUCGACGUUUAGGAGCCGUGGAGUUCGAUGGAAGCCAAGGCCCAGCUGCAGCCUUGAAGUGGCUAUCCAGCAUGGAGAAAAUCUUGGAAGAGGGGAUGCAGUGCCCCGAUGAGGAUAUGGUGAGGAUUUCUGGGUUCAUGUUAGAGGGAGACGCCCGGAAGUGGUGGCAAAUGGAGAAGACCCGCAGAAGGCAUACGUGGGACCAGUUCAAGAUUGCCUUCUCUACUGAGUUCUGUCCUCCUACCUACCGUGAGGCGAGAAGGAGAGAGUUCGAGGGACUGCGCCAGGGAAACAUGACGGUGACAGAGUACGAGAGGAGGUUCCGGGAGCUGUCAGAGUUCUGCAUGCACUUGAUUCCCGACGAUCACGCGAAGAAGGUGAGGUUCAUAGACGGGUUGAACGAGAGCAUCGGCUACACCCUUUCUGGGUCAGUACACCCCACCUAUCAGUCCGCCAGGGAUGCAGCGCUCGAGCUAGAGAGACAGGCGGAGAUACACAGACCCUCGAGGCGCAGACCGUUCGAAGGUUCGUACAGCGGGGUACCUCGACAGGGGGCAUCUAAGAAGAGUCAUAGUUCAGGCUCAGACAGUGGUGGGUUCAGCCUUCGAGGCAGAUUUCAGAGGAGAGGCGGCUAUCGUAUGCCCCAACCAGCGCGCCAUUCCAUCAGCGGCGGCACGAGCUCAUAUCAGCACUCUGGGUUUAGCCCCAAGCCAUUCUGCAGACGUUGCAAUAGAGCACACCAUGGGAUUUGCCAGUUUGAGGGUGUGUGCUUUCAGUGUGGACAGGCGGGACAUAUUAAGAGAAAUUGCCCUUAUGGAGAGGCGGGAGUGUUAGGGGCGAGCCCACCAUCACAUCAGGCCAGUGGAUCGCGGGGUCAGAGUUCCCGAGGGAGUUAUGCAGUAGGAGGUUCAUCGGGAUCAGUCCCACAGCCUGUUGGACCGAGCAGGGGUAGAGGACGGAGGCCCCAGCAGACAGGGCAGGGUCGAGUGUUUGCGAUGACCCAGCAGGAGGCCCUAGCUACACCGGACGUCGUGGCAGGUGCACGUGCAAGUAGCGGAGUCGAUCCUGCGGAGGAUCUUGAUUGAGAUACGUGCACAAGGUGAGUGACCCACCUUCAAAUUAAUUUUGGGAAUUUAAUUGGUGAAUAUAUAAUGUGUGAUUUAAAUAUUUGGAAUUUAAUUUCUAUGUGCCAAAUAUUUAUUUGAAUUAUUGUGGAAUUAUUUGUGAAUUUAUCGGAUUUAAGAAAAUGUGUAUUUCACCAAUUUAUGCCAUGUGGAAUUAUUUUAUGGUUUUGAGGAUUUUGAAAUUGGUGUGGUUUUAAUGGUAAAUUGGGCACGAUUCGAUUUUCAAAUAGUUCAAGGAAAAUAUUUGGUUAUGUUGGUGAUUUCAAUUUUUAUGAAAUAUGCCCAUAAAAUAUUAUGGGAUUUGAUUAUGAUAUUUCGAGAAAUUAUUUAUGCUUGGAAAAAAUGUGGAUAUUUGAAUUGAUGGAUUUGGGAGUUGGUGGAUUUGAAAAUCAUGGGAUUUAUGGUAUUAAUUAUAAGGAAAUUGUGGAGAAUUUCCCGGUUCAAGCGGAUGGAUUAUGCCCGCUAUGUUUAUGAAAAAUGUGAAAUUUGUUUUAUAAUUUAAAUUGUGGAUUUUAUGAUUUUUAGAUGCACCGUGCACGUACUGGUGUUCUGAUUAUGUGAUAUGGUAUAUGUGAUAUGGAUAUUGUGCACACGGAUAUGAUUAGCGCGCAGGUGGGUGUGAGUAGCGCGCGGUUGAUAUUAUGAGGGUGUCCUGUGGAUGCCAUCGGAGAGGGCGGCCACCCCCCAUUGGCCGGGACACCAGGUUAGCAGCGGCGCAGUGGGACGCCACGCGACCGUAUGCCGGUUUCUUUCUAUAACCUCCUGUCUGGCGGUACCUUGGGACGCUGGGUACUGUUGGCGCCACUGGUAUAUAGUGGGUGCAUCAAAUGAUUUUCAGAACUGUGUUUUAAAAAUAAAAUGUUUGGAAACUGAAUUAGAAUUAAAAAUAUAAUUGUUACCGCUUCUGGUAUUUAAUUGAUGUCUUGGUUUUCGGGAAAUAUGAAUAAAGGGUUUUGUGAAAAUGUUUUAAAAGGGGAACCUUUCCAACUGAGAGAAUUGUAAGGGUUUUGAGAGACAUUAUUAUUUCCAAAUAAUUAUUAUUUCCAAAUAAUUAUUAUUUAUAUACCUAUUACCGUGGUAUGAUAGUGUAGAGUAGUUGGGUCGCUCACUGAGAUGAUUAGCAUCUCACACUCUUAAAUUCCGUUCCUCUAGGUACCAGGUUGUCGGUGUUCACUCGGAGCGGACUUGAUCUUCCUCGCUGUAUUUGUUCGUGCAGUACCUUGUUCUUCUUUUACUGCAGUUGUACUAUUUCUUUCACUUUUACCGUAUUCUGUAUUUUGUAGUACUUCAGUACUUCAUAAAGCUCUGUAUACUGUAUGGGACACUUAAGUAUUUGUAUUGCACUGGAUUACUGUAUUUUUAUUUUGGAGUGCUGAAAUUUGUGGAACCAGUUCGUAGUACUGUGGGAGGAAUAAGGGAACAAUUAUAGAAGUGUGUUUUCAGUGCAGGAACUUUUGUGGUAAGUCCAUCCCUUAGGGGAGGUUCUGCCGGAUCUUCCACAGAAGGGUCCGGUAGGGUUUCCCUGGGAUCAGGGCUUGUCUAGGGUUCCGGUGGGGAACUUUGGACGGGUCCUGAC